CAGUAUGAAUUUCAAUCAAAUUAAACUCAGAGUAGUUUCUCCAAAUUACAUUUCUAAGCUCCAUUAAGAUGAGAAAUUCUGACACAGCAAUGAUCGUGUACCUGAUCGUUUUCACAAUGUGUAUGGCAGAACUCAAAACUACGACAGCCGCGAAUACCACAACGUUGAAACAAAAUUUUUAUGGCAAAUCUUGCCCAGCAGCUGAAAGAAUAGUGCGGAGGACUGUAAGCGAUGCAAUUGCUCAGAAUCCGGGGAUAGCUGCUGGUCUUAUUCGCCUCUAUUUUCAUGACUGCUUUGUCAGAGGCUGUGAUGCUUCCCUCCUACUAAAGUCGACACCAGGAAACGAAUCAGAGCAAGAUCAUGGCGCGAAUGGGGCAACCUUGAGAGGAAUGGAGGUCAUUCAUAAGGCCAAGGCCAAGCUUGAAGCUCAAUGCCCCAAGACUGUGUCAUGCGCAGACAUACUAGCUUUUGCUGCCCGUGACAGUACACUCCGCGCUGGUGGAUUUUCUUAUAGACUUCCAUCAGGACGUCGUGAUGGAACAGUUUCCUCAAUCGACGAAGCUGGAGAAAACCUACCUCCUUUAGGUCCUGAUAUUGCAACCAUAUUCAAAUCUUUCUCAAGAAAGGGAAUGUCUAUGAAAGAAAUGACAGCACUUCUUGGAGCUCACUCCAUUGGAAUUGUGGAUUGUAGAUUCUUUUCUUCCCGCCUUUAUACAUUCAAUAAUAAACCUAACUCCACAGAUCCAUCUCUGGAUAAAAAAUAUGCAUCUUUUCUGAAGAGAAAAUGUCCACAAAAUUCAGUCAGUGGUGGAAAGGUGAACCUUGAUGUCGUGACCCCUAAUCGGCUCGAUAGCCAGUAUUACAAGAAUCUGAAGAAGAAGAUGGGAGUACUGGGAUUAGAUCAACAACUCGAAACCACCCCUUCGACGGCGAAAUUUGUGAGUAAUUAUUCAAAAUUUCCUGAAGUGUGGGCAGCUGAUUUUGCAGCGGCUAUGAUACACCUUGGCUCUCUCGGUGUUUUGACAGGGAAUGAAGGUGAAAUCAGAGAGAACUGCGAGGUUAUUAACUAGGAUUUCUUCAGCAGUGGAUCUGCUUGACUAUUAAUGCCACAAUCUUUCAAACAGAAACUACUUGCGACCUCAGAAUGCUAUUGUCCAAGGCUCUAAGCUACCAGGAAUUCUUUCUGUACACUUUAUUUUCCUUCUGUUGAGAAGCAGUCUGGGUUGUUAUUUCAUUAUUUAUGAAUUUAUUAUUCAAAGAUUU